AUCAUGAAUUGAAUAUACAGCAUGUACAAAUAUUUGACUUUUUAUAUGCUCUUUUGUCCUAAAUGAUUUUUUUUUUGUGAAGAAACUCGAAAUAAAGGAAAUAUUAUUUUAUGGACGAAUAUUUAAGUAUAAACUUGUUGAAAUAAUGCUAUGAAGCUGUUAAUAUCAUGUUUUUUGUUUGUUAGUUUUUAAUUAUUGACUAAAAGAGACAUCGAUUAUCAUUGUUUUUGGCUUCAAAAAUGUAUGACAUUUACUUAGUCGUAGUUGACUAUGACAACUUUUGAAAAAAUAAAGAAAAAAUAAAGAUUUAAAACUCCUUGAUCAAUAAUGGACGACCGGAAAACCUGCAACACGUUGGACGCGGACUAUGAGCGACCGGAUACAGCUUCUAGGAGCUCCCCAAUGAUGGUCGGCUCUGCGCGCCUCAACCGGAACAAGGUAACUGAACGUCUUGAGCUACACCUUGAUCUGGAAGACUUUACCACCCUUGCUACCCUGCGCGCGCGACCGUCAAGAGAUAUGUACACCGUUACAAAAUAUACUGAUACUGGCUCCGGAACUAACGUUACAAAGACCGCUCACACGCCCCGGACCAUUGAAGUGAACCUUCCGAAGACUUAUCUUACUCGAUGCGGUUCUCUGAUGUUAUACAGUGAUUCGAGGGCGAUGAAGGACGGGACUUCCAGGGGAGCCGCAACCCCAUGGAAUCAGCGGGGAACUCUGAACGGCUCAUUCAAACUUGAAGGCCACGGGAUGACACCACAGUCUUCGGUGGCUGAGUCGUAUCCUCAGUGGGGCAAGCUGAUCCAUACAAAGCACAGUACAUGUACAACGCCAUCAACGAUCGACAGGCAAAUUUCCCGGGACCGGAAGGAGUAUCUAAACCUGAUGCACCGCCGGGAGGCCGAGCAGUCGCCCCGCUCCUGGAGUUACGCCGUCACUCCUGUCUCUAUUGUUAAACCGGACAACAGUCAUGACGUACAACCUGAUGACGUCAUCGCGUAUAAAAGUCGGGAACCAACAAAUCAGGAAAAGUACCUGACGAUGAUACGCCAGACGUGGAAGGGCGGACGGACGGUGGCGGAACACAAGCAGCUGGAAGCGGCACGGGAGCUCAGUCGCCGCGUCUCCCCUUGGACGAACGAGUGGAUUCAGAAACAGAGUACCAUAAUAUACACGGAACCGGUUUCCGUGCUAUCCCGUCGAAAGUCGCGUAAACGGACUGCUCCCAAAACAGCGUCACCGGACAGCUACGAUAUCGAAAACGCCCGGAUCGCUCUUCUCCAGUCUGCCACGUCUCGUGUGCCGACAAACACGCCGCUUCAAGCAUCACGUGUGCCUCGUGGGCAGCACCGGCCCGUCUCAAAUGGCGGCAAGCGUCUAGUGCCACAGACUACGCUCUACAUACCCACAGUUAACAGUAGUAUAACUGAACUCACGGAAUAUUAACGAUUCUUAUCUGAUCGUACCGGCGCAUACGCCCGGUGCCAGGACUCGAUCAAGUUUAACUUCUUAGUUCGGUAUGUUAGUGCCAACGAUCGGACUAUAUGUACAACUCAAUCCAUAUUUUCAUUUGUCAACUCGUUGCAGAUGGCCAGGUAUUAAAGUAUAAGUUUGUAGUUUUGUAAAUAUCUGUGCUGAAGAGAUCGGUGACCAACCACAUCUUUUUUGUGACCUUCGUCUUUUACAACGAGCAGUUGUCGGUGUAGUGAUCACAGUACAUGUUGGAUAAUGUUUUACAUGUAAAUCAUAAAAGGGAGGAGAGCAAUCGGAUGCCUUCGCUCGUCCGUUUUAAUCAGUUAGAUCCGAGACAAAGUCCAACAAGGACGACUAGAGUAGUUGAAUUUAUUACACUUAUAUGAUUGUGUUGGUAUUCUUUACGGAUGUAUCAAUGUGCAUAUGUAUUUCAUGAUUAGUUUCUGGACUAUUUCAGAACUUCAUUUGAUUUCAAUGAUAGUCAGAGGACCUUUCAUCUCCUACCCCUAUGUGAUUAAGGACAAUAACUUCUUUUACAUAUGAGGUACCGGAGCUGAUGCAGCAAGGGCGGU